CCUCUCUUUCAUUCAUAAAAAACCAACAAAACCCAAUAUUUUACCCAUCUUGAUAUUUUUUUUUAGCUUUAAAAUUUCAAAAAUCAUCCCAAAAAUCUUAAUUACUCAAAGAGUAUAUGUAGAAGUUGAGAGAUAGAAAGAAAGAACAAAGAGAGAUGGCUUCCCACCUCUCAUUUCCCACUCCCUCAGCUCUCCACAGCUCCUAUUUAAACUCCAAAUCUUCUUCUUUAUAUAACUCCAAUUUGAAGAAGAGGGUUGGGUUUCAUGUGAGCUGCAGCUCAGAGAAUGAGAGUUGUGCUUCAGCUUCUUCUGAUAAUUCACAAGAACCUGUGGUUGAAAAGGGAUCUCAGACGUCAAUCUCACGGAGAUGGUGUCUUACUUGCCUAUGCUCAGCUGGAGCUCUGAUAAGCGCUUCUGGACAGAAAGCAAUUGCCUUAGAUGGAAAUGAGAGAGCUUCCUGUCGGAAUUGUGGGGGUAGUGGCGCUAUAAUAUGUGAUAUGUGUGGUGGUACAGGAAAAUGGAAAGCUCUAAACAGAAAACGAGCCAAAGAUGUUUACGAGUUCACUGAAUGCCCCAAUUGUUAUGGGCGAGGAAAACUUGUAUGUCCUGUAUGCUUGGGAACUGGUCUACCAAAUAAUAAAGGUCUUCUUAGGCGUCCGGAUGCAAGAAAGUUACUUGAUAAGAUGUAUAAUGGGCGGCUGUUGCCAAACUCCUAGGUUGAAAAUUGUAAUUGGACAAGGACAAUGACAGCAGAUUAAAUUAACUAAGGAUGUCACAACUUCUCUAUUGUCGCGCAUAUAUAGAGUGUACGUGUUAGAACUCUUGUACUAGCUCCCAAUUUAUCUUUAUACUUGAUUAUAUCCACUUUUUUGUGUGUAUAGUACAUGCUGAUUUGUAGAAGUUUUUUGACGUACUCCGAUUGAUUUGAAUUUUCGUAGGUCCAUAGGAAACAACUAGCGACCAAUACUCAUUGCUUUGCCAUCACUUUUGAGUUCAUUUUAUGGUGUUUCGAGGUCAUGUAAUACGAAUUUGUGAUUAUAUCCACUUUUUCAUGUGUAUUAGUACAUGCUUCUGUAGAACUUUUAUGCCGAUGAUUGGCCUGAAUUUUCAUAGGUUGAUAGUAAAUUGUCUAGUGACCAAUACUCA